GUCUGGGAGUGGUGACUAAGGAAUGCAUGCGCUACAAAAAGUAGAUAUUCAUGUUUUGCGCUUUAUAUUACGAAUACCUCGUCUGGGUACCAUAAUUACAUCUAGAUUAGGCUAAAUCCGUAUGCUACAUCGAAAUAUGUAUUCUAGAUGAAAUAUUUCUAGCAUAAAACAUGACCUUGAUGCGCGUAUGAACUCUGGCGGCCGCGAGGCGCAGCUGUUUCCCGCCAAGUCACCCGCCAUUAGUUGGUGAUCUUGGCGUGGGGUGUGGGGCGCGCGGUUGCAUUUGAAUUUGAAAAAGGGGUGUAACCCGGCAAGCGCGUAGGUGUGUGUGCGACAAAGUGUUCUGAAAGCGUGUUGACGCUUGAAAAUGCACCUGAAAGUCGCCGAUAAGGAUGGAGUGGGCGAUUUACCCGGCAGCCACGAGAGCGAGAUCGGGGUUACCGGAGACGUGGAAAGAUACCUGAGUUCGGGCACGGUGUGUGCGCAGCCUGCCUCUCUGGAGCAGGAGAAGCGCAUUCGUCGCGAGGUGGCCAACAGCAACGAGCGACGACGCAUGCAGAGCAUCAACGCCGGCUUCCUGGCAUUGCGAGCCAUGCUGCCGCAGCGCGAGGGCGAGAAAUUGAGCAAGGCGGCGAUUCUGCAGCAGACCUCCGACUUCAUCUGUAAUCUGGAGCAGGAGAAGGCGCACCUGCUCACCCAGAACUGCCAGCUGAAGCGACUGCUGGGGCCGCAGUCGUCGGGCGGCUCCGAGUCGCCGGACCCGGCGGCCGGCGCUGCGGACAGCCCGCCGCCGCCGCCGGCACCGCCCCAGUCUGCGGUGCCCCGCUCCGCCUCCCAGGAGGAGCUGACGACGGGGGAGUCGGCGCACCGGCCGCCGUCCGCGCCGCAGGAGCCGCAGCUGCUCACACUGCGCAUGGAGCUGCAGGAGCUGCGCGCGCAACUGGAGCGCGAGCGACUGCAGCGGCUGGCGGCUGAGGAGCGGCUCCGGCAGACCGAGGAACAACAGCAGCAGCAACAACAGCAGCAGCAGCAGCAACAGCAGCGGGUGCACAUGCGGUUCAAGAAGCCGCGGCUGGAGCCGGCGGCGUCACCACAGCUGGUGAUGAGCGAACAGCAUGUGAUGGUGUCGGAAGAAACCGUCCACCCGCCGCCGCCACCGCCGCCAGUGGCCCCUCGCAGGCCAAUGUACUUGAGCUCGACAACAUCGCGUCAGAACCUGGACACGAUCGUGGAGGCGAUCCGUCACCUGGAGGGCGACCAUCUGUUCGGUGACUGCGCGGAGCCGAGGCCGGCGCGAAUCGAGCCGGUCCACACCCGCCUGGAGCCCCAGCUGCCCGCCCGCGUGGAGCCCAUCCAGACUCGGCUCGAACCCAUCCAGACCAGGCUAGACCCGAUCCAGACCCGACUCGAGCCGAUCCAGACUCGCCUGGAGCCGCUGCAGCUGCACGUGGAGUCGCUCCCAAGCCACCUGGAGUCCGCUCACCCGCGGCUGGAGCCGCUUCACCUGGAGCUCCAGCAGCCCUGUCUGGAGCUGGAGCCGCAGGAGGCGCCGCUGGAGCUGACCACCCACGCGCGCAGCUCAGCCUCCGAGCAGUACCGGCCGGCAGUGAUCAUAUCGCAGCACCCGCCGCCACCGCGCCACUAACCCAGCGGCGAGCGGGACGGGACGGAGAGAGAGAGCGACAGUCUGCAUUUACCGCAGUCCAGAUACACGAGCUUGGAGACUGGACGGCGGCCGGGCCGGACUACUCAGGUGGUUGGAUGAGAGGACGCGAGACGCCGGUGACGGUGACGAUUCGGUGCGGUGUAGUGUGAACCCGAGUGAAUGUGACUGACUUGUGUGGAGAGUGCACUACGCGUAUGCGCUUUGUAUGCCAUGUAUAGGGCUGAUUCUAUAUUCUCUCGGUCGGACGGAUUUGUUACUUUGUCGGCGCGGUCUGGCGGCCGGCCGGCCGAUACCGUUUUCUGCUGGACAAUAUGUGAUGUUACAUGUGUUUGAAUAUGUUCAGUGACUAGGACCUCGCAUUAUUCUAGCUGCCGUGAGCGCGCAUGAUUCUUGUAAUACAGUAUUUGUUCACAUGGGCAAAA